ACACUUGAUGGUCCACCCUAGUGGUUGCCUUACAGAUGAGAUGAUCUGUUAAGACUUCUAAUAUAUGAGGGGACCCUUACACACUAAUCACUAAAUCCAUAUAAAAAACUACCUUUGGCUGCAAAUAUUUUUCAACCUCAAAAUUCAAUCACAUGUUUUUUCUCCACUUCCUAAAGACAUGACAACAGCAAAAGAAACUUCAAACAUAGAUCUCAUACGCCAUCAUCUCUUAGGUGACACCAUCUCUGACCCUUUUCUCCAUCCUGUUAAACUUGAAAGCCCUUCAUCAGAUUUCGACUUCUCUUCAUAUAUCUCAGACGACAACGACGACAACAACAAAAACAACACCUUCUUCACUUUCCUUGAAGGCUAUGAUUUGAUAUCAGACAUGGAGUUCUUCACUCACACUUCAUCUCCAAAUGAUGAAACAAGCCAUUCAAAGGAAACCGAGAAAUCAAAUUCAUCACCUGAAGAGGCUGAAGUAGAACUACCAAUACCAAGUACUAUUGUGUCAUCAAAGAAGAUGAAGGAAGAAGAAGAGUGUGUUGAUGAGACAAGGAGGUAUAGAGGAGUAAGGAGAAGGCCAUGGGGGAAAUUUGCUGCUGAGAUACGUGAUCCGUCAAGGAAAGGAAGUAGGGUUUGGUUAGGUACAUUUGAUAGUGAAGUUGAUGCUGCAAAAGCUUAUGAUUCUGCUGCUUUUAGAAUGAGGGGUAGGAAAGCUAUAUUGAAUUUUCCUUUGGAGGCUGGACUGUGUGAUCCUAAGCCAAAUAGUUGUGGCAGGAAAAGGAGAAGAGAAAGUGAAAGUGAAGGUACAACAAGUCCUAGUUCAAGUUCAUGAUGAAGAUUCAUGAAUAGAAUUAUAGAUGUUUGUGAUGAUGUACAAGUUUGUUUAGUACUAAUUAGUAAUUUUUUUUGUUUUGUAUUUGUUUCUGGAUGAGUACUCAUAGUCCAUUAGAAUGUUAAAAUAAUAUCAGUAAGGAGUGUUUGGGAAUUAUUUGUUUAAGUCACUUGGUUUGUACAUAGAAGCAAGAAAGAAAUGAUGAGUGAAUAUGAAAUCAAUGCAGAUAAUUCUUGCAUAUUGUUUUUUA